UUUACGAAAUGUAAUAUCUAACCAUACAUGGAAGAGUCUAGGUUACAUAUUUAUCCUAACGCCCAGCUCUGACUAGACCCCCUUUUCAAGAAUAAUUUCAGACUUGACAGAGUGAUCUACAGAGAUCGAAAUUUUUCAGGUAGAAAUGUAUAUCUUCCUCUAAGGUUCACACAGAAAUAGCUAUAUAUUAUUUGAUAAACUGCGUGAUACCAGAAUACAGAGCCAAGCCAACCUUCUGUCUGUAGGCAACCAUACCUUUUCUAAUGGGCGUUUGCAGCGCGACCAAUCAGAAACAUCUGAAAGAUCAUGGCUGCAAGGUUCUACUAUGCAUAUAAAUACCUAUCAUUCAUUUCGGAUACAGACCAUAGUCUCAGAUCUAGAAUAUCGCACAAACUUUGCCCGAUAGGCCACAUUCGUUCAACGAUCGACCGGUCAAUAUGCAUCGACAACCUCGGGAACUAGAGGCCCGUCGUCGUAGGCUAGCCGCCGAGGCUGGACGGCAGCGAGCGGCAGCAGCCCGCCCUCUUCAAAUCAUCACGACUGGGUCCGAGUCCGAGCCUUUGGCUGAAAUGGACGUGACAGGAUUGGGUCGUCUAGCUGAUUUGCCUAAUGAGAUCAUUAUGGUAGUCUUCAACAACUGUAGCCUCCGUUCUCUCUUACGACUUGAACGGGUGAACAAGGCUGCCAAAACGUUCGUGAACCUCUUACAAGAUAUCGAGUACAUCAAAGAGACCGCGAAGGGUAUUAUUCAACGUGCCGUGCCACAUUACCGCAACUUCAUGUUCACUAUCUUGAAGAUCACAACGUAUCAUGGAUUACGAUAUCUUUUAACUACCUUUACCUGCGAGACUUGCGGCAAGCCAGGAUCGUUUCGUAUGAUCAAAGUCAAGGUCCUCUGUGAGGAUUGUCACUGUCCCAAGAAACAAUAGGAAACCCGAAGGUGACCUCAUGCCGAUUAGAGACGGUUCGUUAGAGCACAGAAUACAACAUUUGCUUUCUUUUCUAGGAAGACUAAUAUUAAAUCGCUAGUUUCGAUGGCCUAGGGGCGAUUAUACCAAGGAUCUAUGUACAAGCAUGCGACUUUGAUUUAUUAUAUUACCUACAAGCUAUUAGCAAGACCAGCAAACAAAAAGAACACACCAACGCCAAAAUCAUGGGUUGGAAAUUAUGAUCAUGAUAUAUGAAAUAGGUGUUGGCAACAUCGCGGACUUUACUUUGUCGUUACUACUAAAUGCUGCUAUCUAUAUCUUAAUAACAGUCUCAUUUCUAAUGCUGGAGUGAAUGAUGGUAACUUAUACGAGAUGGCCGUAUAUAAAAUACAGUAUAGCUUCCAGCCUUGGAAUUUACAACUAAAGAGGGUGAUGACUCGAUAAAUAUAACGUCAGCUUGAUUAGAUGGAUGGGUGAUGAUUUCGAGGAGCUACUAUUUUCUAUCUACCUGGCUAAGGAGGCUGCUUAAGACAGUGGCAAGGUCUAUCAGAACAAUAUAGAUAAUGUGAUAUCACUACUAUGAUAAGAUCAACAAACGCUAU